UUAUGAAAAUCCAAAUUUAGAGGAAGGAGAAUGUGAACAAGUCUCUAAUCAGAACAGUGGAGAUUCACCCUCUCCUUUUUUAAUUUCCAUGCUAGACAACAUGGAUGUUAGAUGUGAGAAUAGUAAAGAAAUUAGCCAGCAAAACUCUUGUUCCUCCCAGCAUGGCUCUGACAGGGGGGAAGAAACAGAUUCUCUGCAAGAUGGUUUUGAAGAUAAUCAAUACAAAGAUAGAGAGGACAGAGCUUUUGAAAGCGCAAUGAUUAUGGAGGAUAUUUUCAAAACUUUAAGAAAAACUGUCAGAUUUCCCUUCAACAGCAAUUCAGAAGAGAACAACUAUUUUCCAAAAGAAGAACAUAAGAUUUUUCUUGUUGUUAAGGCUGGCAUAGAUGGAGAAAGCAUUGGGAACUGUCCAUUCUCACAGCGUCUUUUCAUGAUACUUUGGCUCAAAGGAGUUGUAUUCAAUGUAACUACAGUUGAUCUGAAAAGAAAGCCUGCUGAUUUACAUAAUUUAGCUCCUGGGACCCACCCACCAUUUCUGACUUUUAACGGAGAAGUCAAGACAGAUGUAAACAAGAUUGAGGAAUUUUUGGAGGAAACUCUUUCACCUCCAAAAUAUCCCAAGCUUGCAGCCAAGCAUCGUGAAUCUAAUACUGCAGGCAUAGACAUAUUUUCCAAAUUCUCCGCGUUUAUCAAAAAUACAAAGCAGCAGGACAAUAACAGUCUCGAGAGAGGGUUAACAAAGGCUUUGAAGAAACUGGAUGACUAUCUGAGAAAUCCUUUGCCUGAAGAAAUAGACACAAGCAACACUGAAGAGGAAAGAGUGUCAAAACGCAAGUUUCUUGAUGGGGAGGAGCUGACCCUUGCAGACUGUAACCUCCUGCCCAAGCUUCAUGUUGCCAAGAUUGUAACAAAGAAAUAUCGAAAUUAUGAAUUCCCAGCAGAAAUGACAAGACUGUGGCAAUACCUGAACAAUGCUUAUGCUCGGGAUGAAUUCAUCAACACUUGUGCUGCAGACAAAGAGAUUGAAAUCGCUUAUGCGGAAGUAGCUAAACGGCUUUGCAAAUCUUAAUCCGAAUCAGCAAGAUCCAUUCCUCCAAAGAAUUCCUGUUUUAUAGAUGCUUCUCCAUGAAUGCCUUCAAAUAUAUAUGUAUGGAAGUUGGAUAACUUUGACGAAAUUGAUAACUUUCCUGGAUGCAUCUUGACCAAUAUUUCACUGAUGAAAUACUGGGAGAAGACAAUGUGGAAUACAGAAAGCACAACUACAAAUUAUUAUGUUUUAUAAUUUAUGAUUUGGCGGGAGUACUUGGAGAGGGGGAGAACCUUCUCUUUUCCUAGAGAAAAUGUAGGACAGGAGAAAACAUUUCUGAAAUCUCUACCAAUAAACUGGAUCAAUGGUCCACUGAUAUCAUUUGGCUUCAUUCAUAUACUUGGGCUAAAAAUUUAAAGAUAAAUAUAAAGUAUAAUUUUGCCUUAUUUCUUGCAAACAUUUUUCCAUGGACACCAAUUACGAUCUAUCUGAAAAUACUGUAUGCUAAAAUUAGGAUUGGGAAGCUUGAAUUUGGAGGGGAAAUAGGGAUGACAUUACGAAAAUGUAUUUUAAGCAGUGUUGCUUUAGGACUAUUUAGCAUAAUUUAAGGCCUUCCAAAACCUAUUCCAUCCACUCAGAUAGCAGGGCCUAAAGCUCAAUGGGAAGGUUUUAAAUCUUAAAUCUAAUCGGAAUCAUAAUCCAAGUAUAUCUAAUGUGGUUCAGGCUGCUCAUUUUACAGGUUUAAAAGAAAGGCUGGAAGUCCUAUUUGGAAGUAGAAUUUUUCCAUCUUGAUUUGGGUAAAAGUAAGAAAAUGCCACUGAACAAACCUGAGUGAUAUUAAAAAUAGAGAGGUCCGUGCAUCUCAUUUUCUUCCAUGUAGAAGAUGGAAGUAUUGAAAUAGUGAUAAAAAAAAAUUAUGUGUCUUUAUAACUUGGGGAGGGGUGUUAGAAGGAGUGAUAUAGGAACAGGGAUCUAGAUAAUCUUAAAAUCUCACCAAUGUUCUGAACUUUAUUAUUUUAUGAUACAUGCAGUCUUUGCAGAAAGAGUUGUGCUUUAAGACAAUGACUGCUUUGUUCUGUCAAUUGCUCACCACUGUAUUUUCUUAUAAUGAAAUGUAGAGGUUGAGUUCAUAUUCUUUUGGCACUUGCAAGAAAAAAGUUGAAUAUGAUAUAGCAGGACUGCCAACUAAGUUGGACAACAUCCAGUUGCACUCUUUUAACUUCAGUAAAGGAGACAUUCAAAUUUUCUAUUAUUUUCUUUAAGCCAUAAAAACAAAGGAAGAUUUUUGUUUGUAAAAUCUUUAUUUGAGACCACGCUCAUAUACAUAAGUGAAGUGGUGUAGAAGUCUCAAGGAGUAUUCCGGGGCUGCACAACCCUCAAUUCUCAAAAAGUGAUGACUCCUGAGGGUGUUUCCAUAUGGAGGGCUUUGUGAACUAGCAACGAAACAUAAUAUAUAGCUAGUUCAUCUUGUCUUGCUUAAGUUAUAUUUCUGUGGAAAGCAAAGAAGAUAGAGAAUACAGAAAGCAGUGUGAGUGGGAAAGGUAUAAUAAGGACCUGAUGGUGACAUCCAUAAAUUCUACUAAGUCAGGGAGCUGCCACAGUAAAAGUCCUUGAAACAUAUAAGAAUUCAAAAAUGUUUUUCUUUUAAAAGUAGCUGCAGAAAUAACCCUGCAGAAUGUAAGCAAGCUAAGACAAUACAGAUUCCAUCAGCCUUUUCAUGCACUCUGAUGCAAUUGUCACAUACUUACCAUUGAUUGCAAUGAACUUCCACUGGAAUCCACAGUAAACUAAAAUGAGCCCUUCCACCCAAAAUCUUGGCUGCAGAAAAUAAAUCUGUGCUGUAUCCUUUGUUUAUAUGCAGCAUUUUGUUUUCAUUGAACUUCAUAAUGCCUCUUUUGAAAGUCCAUGAACUCUCCAGUUUUCCUUCUGAAUGGACAAAUUAAAGACAGGCUAGACUAGAAAGCAAUGGUUCCUGAUUUUAAAACAUUGCUUGUGUAUAUUGUUGUGACAAAAAAAUAAAUAAAUAGCUGGCUCAGAAAAUGCAAGUAAUAGCCAGAAAAGUCAAGCGAGAUCACAAAAAUCUAAUUAACAUAAAAUAGAAGAUAAACCAGGCUGGAAUUAUUUCUACUUUAAAAUGCAUGAAAUAUUUUCCAGAUCGGCAUUCAAAAAACAGAUGAUCCUAUCUAUAUAUAAUAAGCAUGGCUUGUUUUUAUAUAAAGAAGAGUGACAUUGAUCUCUCUCUUUUUUAAUGCUAGCCUCCACUUCUGAAACGGCUGAUCAGUUAGACUAUUGUGAAUAAAAUUAGAACUAAUGGCUCAAUAUUUGUAAUAUCAAGUGAAGACGUGCAUGUAUGAAUGAGACAACGCAAAUUAAUAGGCAUAGUUAUAAUUCUCAUUUCCCUUGUUAUCAAGAAAAUUCAGUCCAAAAAGUUCACAGAUUUCUCCAUGUAUGAUCAAAUGAUAAGGAACCAAUUAUAUUAAUGUGUGAACCAGCUUCCCUUUGAAUGGAAUUAAAACUGAUUCUUUGCUUCAAUACUAAAAGCUGAAGAAACAAGCAGAGGAGAAGAUUAAAAUGUAAUGUCAGUGCCAUUGAUUCUUCAGUACUUCACAACCUUUGAGUGUAGAGAAUUUCUCUGGACCCCUCUGUCUGUUAUUCUGCCUGUUGAUUUAAAAUAUUGCUGAUCCCAGAUAACUUCCUUCUUCCUCAAACUCUAGUAGCAGGCAGGUAGCUCUGUGCUAGGCUUUGCCUAUUCCUAUCAUGUAAUAAAUAACUCUUGCGUUAUAGUAAUAAACUUCUUUUACUCAUUCUUGCCGUCAGUCUCAGGAACACUCAUACAAGAUGCAAAGACUUCCUUCCAAUAGGGGGCCAUAGGCAGAUUGGCCAGUCUGUAUUUCGUCCUGUCUCUGAAGUUAUCCUUGAAGACCCUUUAGUUCUUUGGAGGGCAAUCCUAAAAAAUGCCUCUCAGACAGAAAAGAGAGUUACCUUCACUCACAGAGUCCUUGGCUGAAUUAGAAGCUGCGGAACUUAUGUCCCUUUUCUUUCCCAGAUGUUACUGGACUCCCAACUUCACAUUCACUAAAAUAGGUAAGGAUUGCAGGUGUCAUGCUAUGUUCUAAGGGUCAGAAGUUCCUCAAUUCAUUCUAAGGAUUUUUGGGAAGGGAAGAAGCUCUUUGAGCCUUAUUAACUUAGCUAUAAUUUAGAAAUGUUCUUCACCACUUCUUGGAAGCAGCCCUCCCUGUGCUGAGUUUAAUAGCUUUGCCAUUUAUCAUGCAAUUGGCUGCUGAUACAAGGAGUUCUGAAGUCUGUAAAACAUCUGAUAAUCUUUUUACUUUUUACUUUACAUACGACUUCCUUGAACUCUAUCAGAAAUCUAAAUAUAUCAUGUAGUGAAGUGGCCCAAAAGGUUUCUACCAAAUCCUCAAAUUCUCUCACUUCCUACCUAUUAUUCUCCUCUUCCUCCAAUGUCAAAGCUUUCUUCCUUGAUACGUAAGUUAUUGUCCACCUGGUUCUCUUUAUUUAGCUAUUUUCCCAGAUUUAUCCACUGAGCAAGAAAUGUUAAUGUUCCUAAAACUGACUGCUUAUCUCAUCUCAUCUUAGAUCUAAACUUCCCUGCAUCAAAUGUAUUGAAAUGGAGAGCAACUAUGUAUUGUAGUUUCACAAGUUUAGCAUGAAGAACAUGGAACUGCUAGAUAUAGACUUGCUGAGGAAGCAUGCACAUACUAAAAAGUGUAAAUGUUAUUCCUUUGGCAGAACAAGGUGAAACAAAUGAAAUGAUAUUGAUAGUUGAUAGGAGUGCAUAUUUUUUUUACUUUUAAUAGCAAGUAUGUUACAGUCAUCCUGUUCCAAAAACAAUUGUCUACUAAAGGCCCAAGGUACAUAUUAUGUUGUUUUAGAGAAGGCUAAUCUUAUACACUAAGACGCAACUGGCUGCAGCAUAUACUGUAUUUAGUAAACAGGUACUGCAAUGCCAUUCCUACAUUUAAGAAAACCAUGGCUUCUAUAAUUCAAAUACUGAAUACUAUAGUUUUUUAGCGUUUUGAAAUGAGAUGUGAUAAAAAAUAAGGUAACAUGCUAAUACCCUGUAUACUAUUUUCAUACUUUUCUCCUUAAUUAAAGCAAGCUAUUAAAAUAUGAAUUUAUGCUAAUUUUUAUGAGGAACCACCUUUCUUGAAAAUAGCCACCUAAUUUAUUAUAUCCUGAAGGCUUAGAUAGUAAUUGAGGAAAUCUACACAUUUCUAGCAUAUGUAUAUUUUCAGCUUCUGAUUGACAUCAAACAGAACUUCAGCUUCUUGUUUCCUUUCCUUUCCUUUCUUUUCCUGUCCAUUGUAAACGUGAAGUAGUAUGUGUUAAUCCUGCUGAAGAUUGUUUAUCUAUAUUGGCAAAGUAAGAUUGUUGAAAAGAAUCUAAAUGGUGAGACAGACAGUAUGGAUUAACAAUAACUUUGUUCAUAAAUUUCUCACAAGAUGUAAAGAAAGAUGCAGAUCAGAGGGGAAAGUAGCCAACAAUAUGGAUUUAAUCACUGAUGUUUCAGAAAAUGCAGACCAAAUGUCUCUAAAAAUGUCAGUUGUAGCCAAACAUUUCUUAGAUAUUUGUUUCAAAGACACCAGAACUUCACACAGUAUUUCAUUCCUAACUGGGAUCCACACUGAUCCCUGUUUUUGUAUUAGUUUAAAAACUGCUAGUGGACACCUUUUUCUGAUGGAGUACUUGAGCUGUUGACAGUGUAGGAUAUCUAAAAAGCUGGACCAUAACAUUUUAAGGAAUUUGAAACAAGUUCUAUGGUAAAUACCUUUUGCAAGGGUUUCUGUAAGGUAGCUGUAGCCCAUCAAAGUAACAACAAUAAAAAGACAUGUUGGUGUCUUAAAGAUUAACAGAUGUGUUAUAGCAUAUGUUUUUGUGGACUACAGUCCACUUCACAUCUGGAAAAGUGGACUACAGUCCAUGAAAACUUUUAGUAUAAUAAAUCUGUUGAUUUUUAGGGUGGCAUAAAACUAUUUGAUUUUUUAAAGGAUGUUGAAUUCCUGAAAAUAUGCAGUCCUAAGAUUUGAAGAGCUUUCUAAUGCUGUGCAUUUUUCUUAUAUUGUAUACAUAUUUGGAGAAUCCAUGAAGCUCUAUUUACUUUUUGACUCAAUAACUCCAAUUUCCAACUUUCUUCUAAUGGCUUUAAUACAAUAUUUGGAUACAGCCAGUGUAACUUGUUUCUGAGUAAAUACAUAUAAGGAAUUAAUUUUUACAAUAUAUGCUAUGUAUGUCUACUAAAAAGUAGAAUCUAACUAGUUCAUUGGGGCUUACUAUCAGAUAACAUUUAACAUUUGCAGGACUAUGGUCUCACACCCUCCAAUUAUGUUAUCAUACACAGCCUCAAUUUUUAAAUAUUCUUUAAUAAUAUUUGCAUCAACAAGAUUAUGUUUUUAUAAAUCAUUUCAAGAGCUACAUAGUGAAUCCAAAUACUUGAAAUCUUUGAUAAGAUUACAAUGAAUUAUCCAGAAUUGGAAGAUGUAGUCAAAAAUUAAAUAUGAAUCCAUAGGUGGAGGAAAGAGCUGUGGGUACAAGAAGAAUAUUAAUAAUAUUAGAUUUUUCACUUUCAAACUAUUCUGUAACAGCAAGAGGUCAAAUAGAUAUGCUAGAAAUUGUUUAUCAAAAUCAGUACUCAAUUAUUAAAUAAAUAAUAUAGCAAAAUCUUGGAUAAGGCAAAAUGAUACGGGCCUCUAUUAAUUUUCUGAAUUACAGAUCUAUCAAAAUAUGAUUUAAAAAAUAAAGUAUGAUUAGAGGAGAACUUACCAC